GCUCUAUGUGGUAUUUUCGGCACAUAUGAAAACACUAAAAGCACCUACAAGUUUCCUGGCUUGUCCAAUUCUUAACAUACGAAAUUACUUGAGGAUAACAUUUAUAUCAGUAACACUAAAUUGUACCUGUAAUGUUACAAUUUGACACACUGUUGCAAAAUCAAGCCGUUCUGUGCAGCGAUAACAUUUUUAUUUUAACAUAUGACACCAGUAAACACAGAUAUUUGGAGUUUAAGUGCUUGAAAACAUAAGUAUUUACCACCUUGCUGGAAAAAACUACUUGCUAUUAUAAGGACAUUACCAUUUCUCUCUAAGCCAUCUCCUCAGAGUCUGUCUGCUUAUUUUGGACAUGAACAAUGCAGUCAGCAUUCAUUAACAGGCCUCGCUCUGGCCACGUUGUGAGCUCACAUGCUUUUUGCAGCUCUGUCUGAUUGACUCCUGCCUCCCAAAAAAGCAACGGCAUCAUGGGCUGGGGCUUUGUACCACGUCUCUCUGAUCCUGCUCUUAAGACCCCUCCAGCUGCCCAUCGCAGUAGAUGAGCACUCACUCUCACUUACACCACUCGAAAGAUCCCAGAACUCUAUCUGAUGCACCAAUAGUGAGACAAAACGAAGACUUUAAGACUCUGGAAGACUACCGAGAGGCCAUGAGUACAUUUGGCUACCGGCGGGAACUGAGUAAGUACGAAGAUUUGGAUGAAGAUGAGCUGUUGGCCUCGCUGACUGCUGAGGAGCUCCAGGAGCUAGAGAAGGAGUUGGCUGAUAUUGACCCAGACGACAAUCUUCCCAUCGGACUGCGACAGAGAGAUCAGACAGCUAAGACUCCUACUGGAACAUUCAGCAGGGAAGCUCUCAUGAGAUACUGGGAAAAUGAGACGCAAAAACUGUUGGAGGAGGAGAGGACGAGUCCUAGACAGAAAGAUGAAAACAGCAGGGAAGAGGAAGAAUGCAUGACAGAGAGUGACACUGAAGAAUUUGAGGAUGAAAAAGAUGAGGAUGAAGAGUGUGAGAAAAACACAGAAAAAUGUUGUGAAGUUGAAGACCAAGAAGAGGAAAGUGAAACAGAGGAGCCGGUAACAGAAGAGGAGGAGGUAGAAGAAGAAGAGGAAGAGGAGGAGGAGGAGGAGGAGGAAGAAGAAGAAGAAGAACGGAACAGUCCUAAAAUGGCACAGACGCUGGAUUGCAGCACUCACCCUCAGAAGUGUUGGUCUUCCAAUGGUCAGUCCAAUCUGAGACAGGCAGAGCCUGUAAGACGACACUCUCCACUGAUGACAGAACCAAAAGUUCAAGCUCAGGAGCCCAGUCGAAUGUCAGGAAACCCUACUGUGGUGGAUGAUGUUCUGGAAAAGAUCCUCAACAAUGACCCAGAUACCACAGAGGUCAACCUCAACAACAUUGAAAACAUCUCCCAAGACACUCUUAUCCGUUUUGCCGAAGCUUUGUGUUCUAACACACAUGUACAUUUCUUUAGCUUUGCCAACACACAUGCAGACGACCAGGUGGCUUUCGCCACUGCCAAGAUGCUGAGAGAAAACAGCAACAUCACGAAUCUUAACAUCGAGUCCAACUUUAUUACAGGGAAGGGUAUCCUGGCACUGGUGCAAGCCCUCACCCGAAACAGUGCCCUUACAGAAAUGCGAUUUCACAACCAGAGGCACAUUUGUGGAGGUCAGGUGGAAAUGGAGAUUGUUAAGUUACUGAGGGAGAAUACAACGCUGAUAAAGUUGGGUUACCAGUUCGACCUUCCAGGCCCUCGUAUAAGCAUGACCACCAUUCUUACCCGCAACCAAGACCUCCAGAGACAAAAGAGAAUGCAGGAACUGCGUCAACAGCAAGGAGGUGUAGCGACACCAACGAACCCAAGAACGGUCGCCCUUCAGAAGACCGCCUCUUCUCCUUGCGGCUCCCCUCGGAGUUCACCAUGGUCAUCUCCAAAGUUACCACAUAUUGAUAUGGCAAAGAAGAACGCUCUUCCUGCACCUCCCCCUCCACCACCACCACCUCCUCCACCGCCUCCACCACCCAAGGCCUUCAUCUCAGAGAAGAAGGCUCCCACCAGAAUGAUCGCAGAAGUCAUCAAACUGCAUGAGGGGACAUCCAAGAAACAGCAGCAUAGGUCCACCAAAUCUAAACCCAAGAAGGGCAAAAAAGGGGCUGCAAAGCAAACAGAGACUGACAGCAUAUUAAAGGAACUGAAGAACGCUCUGAGGCCCAUCAAUGACAGAGAAAACUCCAGACCAUCCACACCUCAACGCUGUGCCCAUGAUGAACUCAUGGCAGCCAUCAGAGGCAGCAACAUCAAAAAUCUCAAAAGGGUGGAGGUUCCCAAGUAUCUUCGGUAACCGGGCUUUCCGGAUCUCCAGAGCAUCAUCUGCAAAAAACAUCUGGAAAUACAGAUACUGUGUGCGCUUUCCUCAAAAAUCACACCAACCUUCAGAGCAAUUCUGGUUAAUGCAGGUGUUUGGUGAGUUUGCAUUGAAUGUUCAAAGACAGCGGCACAACAGUCUAAAUGUCCAGUCGAUCACAACAGGACCUGUUUUGGGAACGACCUGGAUAAUUGCACCGUGUUCAUUUUUUAGUAAUUAGCGGUAGCUCCUGCUGUUGUUGUGAUUGUACUUUCAUGUUUUUUCAUUGUUAAUGAUUUUUAACACUACUUCAUGCCUGUAUAAAAUGUAAAUAUUUGAUGAUUUAAAAUGGAUUAAAUUGCAUUAAUUCAAUAACCGGAGGAAAUAA